AUGGGAAAAAGUUGUAUUGUGAAAAGUUGUCCUAGUGGACGCAAACUAAAAAUUACAAAAAAUGAUCCGUCUCAGCAUCUGUCUUUUUUCCAACCUUCUACACCGGCAAGAUUAGACAAGUGGCAAAAGUGUUUGGGUAUUAAAUUAAAAGCCACUAAUAAUAUUUGCCAUCUUCAUUUUAAAGAAGAACAUAUAAAAUUGUACGACAAGUUUAUCAUUAAUGGAGAGGUCAAGAUUUUUCCAACAGUGAAAAAAAAGCUAAAACCUGAAGCUUUGCCAACAAUCGAGCAUCAAUUUAUUCCUAUACCAUUAUAUGAGCUCCAAGCAAGUAUUAUUGAUCAACGACAAAAAUCAACGUCAUGCCACAAUUACUGUGAAGACGAUCAGCAGGAUCGUCAACAAAUAGAACAGGACUUGGAAAAGUCUCUGUUGAGUCAGCAGUCAUACGACAGUUUAAAUAGUCACGUAGAAAACGAAACAACUGUAAAACCAAUAGAGAGUAUAGAAGAUAUCCAGAAAUGCCCAAUGUUACCGCAGUUUUGGAUGCGUGUAGAUAAACCACACGGACUAGAAUUUUUGCGAAUGGAUCCAUCAGCCAAGAAAACGAAAAAUCAUAUACGUCUAAAUGAGGAUUUAUCAUUAACCGUUAUUUUUUAUAAUGGUGAAGAAUUGUCUCUUGACGUUAAAAUUAAUUCUUUCAAAAAUUAUUUGCGAGUUCUUAAAAUCUGUGGAAAGAUGGCCAUUAUGCGUUGGUACUCACAAUUGUGUAAAGGUGUAAUUAUAAGUGACGAUGCUUACCAAAGAAAUCAAAGAAAUCCAAGAUGUAAAUCAUGUCGAAUUUUACGGAAACGAUUGCAAAGCCGUAAAUCAACUUCAAUUGUUUUAGAGAAAAGUACUGCUCUAAAACGGCGCGCUUGAAGCCUUAAAAAACAAAACAAACGUCUGAAGAGAAUGGAAAAGCGUUCUAACGAAAUCUUGCCACGACUAUACAGUGAAUGA